UCCUUCCUUCCUUCCUUCCACCCAUUACCCAUUACCCAUUACCCAUUGUUUUCUUUCUCCUUCCUUUCUCGGCCGUUGUUCGCCUACAUCGAUCGUAUCGACGCCAUAGAUACAUAUAUACGUGCCCUGGGUGGGUGGGUCUCCUAGUAUAUAUUAUUGAAGCAUGUGUGUUAAUCGACCUGGAGCAAGAUUAUGACGGAAGAAUUUUCACCGGAUUUUCGUGGAAUUUCGUCGAUACAGAUCGAUCUCAGAUCGGAGAUUUGAGCGCAGCUGAAAGGGGGUUUGUUCUGUGCGGUGCGACGUGUAUUAUUCGGUAGGUAGCGGAGAUGACGACGGGGCAUGGAAAUUUGGAUAGGCAAAUAGAGCAGUUGAUGGAAUGCAAGGCGCUGGCGGAGGGGGAGGUGAAGAUUUUGUGCGAUCAAGCGCGAGCGAUUUUAGUGGAGGAAUGGAAUGUGCAGCCGGUGAAAUGCCCUGUGACCGUGUGCGGCGAUAUCCAUGGCCAAUUUUACGAUCUGAUCGAGCUCUUUCGGAUAGGCGGCAACACUCCUGAUACCAAUUAUCUCUUCAUGGGAGACUAUGUCGAUCGCGGUUACUACUCAGUGGAAACGGUCUCGCUCUUAGUGGCUCUGAAAGUGCGAUAUAGAGAUAGGAUCACCAUCCUUAGGGGAAAUCAUGAAAGUCGGCAAAUCACUCAAGUGUAUGGAUUCUAUGAUGAAUGCUUGAGGAAAUAUGGAAAUGCCAAUGUGUGGAAGUAUUUCACUGAUCUUUUUGAUUAUUUGCCGUUGACCGCACUUAUUGAGAGUCAGGUCUUCUGUUUGCAUGGGGGGCUUUCUCCGUCACUUGAAACAUUGGAUAAUAUUCGAGCUUUAGACCGCAUACAGGAGGUUCCGCACGAAGGACCAAUGUGCGAUCUGUUGUGGUCUGAUCCAGACGACCGGUGCGGGUGGGGCAUAUCACCCCGGGGAGCCGGCUACACUUUUGGACAAGACAUAGCAGCUCAGUUCAACCACAAUAAUGGUCUCACCUUAAUUUCAAGAGCUCAUCAGCUUGUCAUGGAAGGUUACAAUUGGUGUCAGGACAAGAACGUCGUGACCGUCUUCAGCGCCCCAAACUAUUGCUACCGGUGUGGAAACAUGGCGGCCAUACUCGAAAUUGGGGAGAACAUGGAGCAAAACUUCCUACAAUUUGAUCCAGCUCCUCGUCAGAUUGAGCCAGAUGCGACGCGCAAAACCCCAGAUUAUUUCCUGUGAAAUCGAACAUUCCGUGCGUACCUACCUAUAGGUGUGUAGUAUUAUUGUUCUGUUCUUGUUUUGAGGACACCAUUCUUAAUUCUUUUUGUUUGGAUCUGUUUGUCUGGAACAGCAAAGGCAUGAUAUGAUGGGAUGGGUAUCUCUUGUAUAUUUUCUUUAAAGCCAAAACUAGGCAGCAUUGCUUUGUAAUUUUCGGAAUGUUGUUAUGUUGUAGCAAUAGAGACCAAUAGUAUAGUUUAGUUUAGUAUAGGAAUCUCCA